GCAAAGUUCUAGAGGGACCAAAGCGGCUAAUUUUGACGAUUAUGAUUCAAAAUCCCGCCCCUAUCACAACACCGCUUUUACGUCAUUUUUUGUAUUUUGAACUUUAUAUAUAAAUAUUUAAAAUUUUAUAGUUUAUUCGAGUUUAUAUUUUGACACCAAAAACCGUUUCAACUUUCCACUCAUUCAUCGCCACUUCGCGUGAUUUCGCUUUUGCCUCUGUGUAUUCGCUUUUUUAUUUUUAAAAAUAUUUUAAAAUUUUAUUUUAUUUGCAUGAAUGAAUUACUUAUUUAUGUUUAAGUUUUUGAUUUUAUUCUAAUUCGUUAAACGUUUAUUCCUUUCUAGAAUUCUCUUUCUCUGUUUUUGUGUUUGUGUGUGUGUGUGUGUUUUGAAUGGCGAUGUUUGAGUCACCGGAGAUUUCAGGGAGUAGUACGGCGACGGUGAUCGGUACCUCACGUAGCGAGUCAGAUCUUAAUCAUUUUGCGCCCCGUCGUCGAGCCGUGAAUAACGCCGUCGAUGCAGGGACUAGAGUUGUGGAGCGUAACAAUUCCGGUAAUGGCGAGACAGUGGACGCUAGGGAUCGAAUGGAAUCGGCUAAUUUCUCGAGGGAAAACGUGAAUGAGAAUCCGACUAAUUCAGAUACGAGGUUCACGUAUCGGCCUUCUGUUCCUGCUCAUUGGAGGAUCAAAGAAAGCCCUCUCAGCUCUGACAAUAUCUUCCAACAGAGUCAUGCAGGCCUGUUUAACCUAUGUGUUGUAGUGCUUGUUGCUGUAAACAGCCGGCUUAUUAUUGAGAACCUGAUGAAGUACGGGUGGUUGAUCAGAUCUGGCUUUUGGUUUAGUUCGAGAUCAUUGAGGGAUUGGCCUCUUUUUAUGUGCUGUCUUUCUCUCCCAAUAUUCCCAAUCGCGGCCUUUGUAGUUGAAAAGUUGUUGCAACAGAAUCAAAUAUCUGAACGAACUCUUAUUUUACUUCAUAUACUGAUUAGCACGCUUGCAGUUCUAUAUCCAGUUGUUGUUAUUCUCAGGUGUGAUUCUGCAUUCUUAUCAGGCAUUGCAUUGAUGCUAUUUGCUUGCAUUGUCUGGUUAAAAUUGGUAUCCUAUGCUCAUACUAACAGUGAUAUGAGAUCAGUUGCGAAGUCGACUGAAAAGGGAAGUGAAGGCUGCAUGUACAAUGUUAGCUUCAGGAGUCUGGCAUACUUCAUGGCAGCUCCCACAUUAUGUUACCAGACAAGCUAUCCUCGUACUGCAUCAAUUAGAAAAAAUUGGGUGGUUCGUCAAUUUAUCAAGUUAAUAAUAUUUACUGGACUCAUGGGUUUCAUAAUAGAACAGUAUAUCAAUCCAAUUGUUCAGAACUCUCAGCACCCUUUGAAGGCGAACUUUUUAUAUGCCAUAGAAAGAAUUUUGAAGCUUUCAGUUCCAAAUACAUAUGUCUGGCUUUGCAUGUUCUACAGCUUCUUUCAUCUCUGGUUAAAUAUACUGGCUGAGCUUCUUCGUUUUGGGGACCGCGAGUUUUAUAAAGAUUGGUGGAAUGCAAAAACUGUUGAGGAGUAUUGGAGAAUGUGGAAUAUGCCUGUUCAUAAAUGGAUGGUUCGCCAUAUCUAUUUGCCAUGCUUAAGGAACGGUAUACCAAAGGGAGUUGCCGUUCUUAUCGCCUUCUUGGUUUCUGCUAUAUUUCAUGAGCUCUGCAUUGCUGUUCCUUGCCACUUAUUUAAGUUAUGGGCUUUCUUUGGCAUCAUGUUUCAGGCUCCCUUGGUCUUGAUCACUAGUUAUCUUCAAAAUAAGUUCCAGAGUUCAAUGGUGGGAAAUAUGAUAUUCUGGUUCAUAUUCUGCAUUCUUGGUCAACCAACGUGCGUACUUUUAUAUUAUCAUGAUUUGAUGAAUCGCAAAGGAUCAGCAGAUUAAAAACAAACUUAAAGGACCAUAACAAACAUUUCAGUCCCUGAUUAGAACAUAAUUCAGUAGCAGCUGAAGGUUUGGUAAAUUUUUUUAUUAAUUUUGUUGUGCUUUGCUUUUGGAUUUUUUUUGUAUAUUCUUCAUUUCAUCAUUCCGCAUGCCGUUCCUCUAUGCUGGGAAAAUCAAAUUCAUAAGCAAUUUUGGAAGAAAAAAAUGCAAAAAAAAAAAAAAAAAAAAAAAAAGAAAGAGAGAAGCAUAAAGCACUUGCAAAGUCACAAAUGUAAUUCCCUUUUUACUUUGUUAUAUCAGUAUUUAGAUGAUGAUUUAGGCUUA